GCAAACCACGACGAUGGUCGCGGCAGUACUAUGGACUGGCGGCAAGGACUCUGUCAUGGCGAUGAUGGACGCUAUGGACCAAGGCUUCGAUGUGCAAUACCUAGUGACAUUCGCUCCCGAGAAUCCGAGUUUCAAAGCGCACCCGCUGCCACUCAUGCAACGCCAGGCGGCCGCGGUGGGCAAACCGCACCUGAUCAAAACGGUAGUUGCGCCGUACGCCGACAGCUACGAGCAGCACUUCCGAGAUCUCCACAACGAGCUGGGUGUUACGUGCAUCGUCACAGGCGACAUCGACUUCAUUGGGUCCUCCACCACCAACUUCGUUCAAGAACGAUGCAAAGCCGUCGGCAUGACCAGCGUGUUUCCGCUCUGGCAGCGUUCACGAGACGAACUCCUGGCGACACUAUUACAUCGACAACUAUACGUUGUGUUUUCUUGUGUCAAGACGGCCCCGUUCGAGCCCGUGGCAAACUGGCUCGGCCAACCCAUCAACGAAACCUCCGUGGCGGCGCUGCGCCUGGUCACACAGGACGACAAGAACAUCGACAUUUGUGGCGAAAACGGCGAGUACCACACCAUGGUGUUGAACGGUCCUUGCUUUCAACACGCAAUAGAGUUGCCAGCGUACGACAUUGCCACCGUGGACACACUCAGCUACAUGCAAUUCCCCGCCGACUGGUGUGAUGCCCCUUAGUGCAUACAACGUGUACAGACGUUACUUAGUACUAGUAUAUGAAUCCACCGCUCCUUUAAAAACUUGCAG